AUGAUGUCCAACAACACUGACCAAAAGGACCCCCACAUCUCAAUCCCCAUCGCUCCUUCCACCACCAGCUCUACAGACACAACACCCACAAUCCACUCGACGAAAACCUUCAAGCCCCAUCGCCACCCAGAAAACGACACCAACACUGUACAAGACCCUUCCUCAAACACAACCACCACAACCACCCCCCUCCCCGCAGUCCCACAAGCCCUACACCUCAACACCUCCCACACCGCCGGAGGAGGGAUCAUCUCCAACUCUGUGGGUCGUCAUCGCCGUUCAUCUUCCUCCUCCUCCUCCUCCUACUCCUCCUCCUCCUCCUCGGCAUUCCAGGACGUUGACAUUGCCACCCUUCGCGCUUCCUCCUCCGAAGGAGGAGUUCUGUCGGACCCAUUGACGGACUCUACAUACUUUAACACUUCCCGUCGUCACUCCUCCGCUUCAACUGGAGGAUUCGUCUUGGAGAGCUCAACAAUGUCUUCAACACCCUACGAAUUCGAGAUGCAACGGUUCAACGCCUACGACGGGUCUGAACCCUCGACCGUAAAAGUCAUCACUACCAUCAUUCCCGCCCCUUCCUCCAAACCCACCACUUCCACUACCACCACCACCACCACAACAACAACAACAACAACAACCACAAGAGGAAACUCAUUCUUCACAGGCUGGAUGGCCGUCCCACCUUCACUGGCAGGACGCCCAAAACUGUCGCAGGAGCAGGAAGAUUACAUCCGGAAGGAGUAUGAGCGUGGGCCCGUGCCAUUGAUGUGGGCCAAGAAUGAUGAUCUCGAAAAACAAACUGCUUCUGCCUCGGCCGCCGCGACAGAAGCAGCAGCAGCAGCAGCAGCAGCUACUUCAUCGAGCUGGUUCGGAAACUGGGGUUUCCGUAGCUCCUCUGCAAGUUCCACAGCUGAUACUGAAGCCUCCGUCAUUACUCCUCCCAGAGCCACCGUUGCUCCUACCCCAUCCUACUCAGGCAGACGCGAAACUUCUCAAGCAUUCUAA